AUGGAGGAUUGUGACUAUAUCGAGUUCGGUCUCCCCGGAUCCGUGCUGUACCGGGGCUUUCUCCUGUCCGACCCUCCCGCUUCCGCCACCAGCACCGCACCUGGUGCAGUCACCGCGUCCAACAAGUCUUCGUUUUCGCCUUCAUCUUCGCCGAAUCCUAUCAUUCAGUCUGGGCGAGAUCAAGAGGACACCACAAUCCUCCACCCGAUCUCCACAUGGAAUGACAUUUCGAUUCGCCCUGCUGACUCAGCUUUAUUGCACGGUGGCAACGGCUUCGCUCUUGAAGCGGCGCUGGGCCUGGAUGGGCUUAUGGCGGGCGACAGCAUUUCUAUGGUUUGCUGCACGCCGCGUAACUCGUGGGUGCAAAUCGAGGCGGCUUGUAACGAGGCGUGUCACCCUCUGCGCGUUCGCCAGGUGGACGGUUUACCCGCUCAUUACAGUCACAAUCUCGAUUGGAACCUCGGGAUCGUCCCGCAGACGUGCUCCUGCCGCCAAGGCGACAACGUUGGAGCGGAUGCCCAGCCUGGAUCUGGCGACAAGGCAUGCGACGCGGCGACAUUCGCGACCAUGUGCGACAAUGCAUGCGACAGGGCGAGCGGCGAGCACUUGCCGUUGGAGGUGAUUGAAAUCGGGCGGGGGGAGGCGCGAGUGGGGCAGGUGUAUCUGGUGAAGCCGCUGCUCGCGUUCCUCGUCGUCAGCCCGGAUCUCAAGUCCUCCUGGAAGAUCGUGGCCGUCGAUUCGUCGGAUCCGAUGGCUGAGUCGUUGCUGGAUGCGCGAAUUGAUCCGCCCAGCACCAUCGCGGGUCGUGAGAAGCCAGCGCCCUUGCAUCGCACCAUCGCCGCCAUCAGCGCCGCCCAUGCCGCCUGGACGCACUGCCACCGCUGCAGCCGCUGCAGCAGCAGCAGCACUGCGAGCACCGACACUAGCAGCAGCAUGCCCAACGGAAUUCCACUGAAGGAUCUGAGGCAGCUCGCAGAGCAAACGGCCUCCGCUGCUCUCACCAACGCCAUCUCUGAAUUCGCCCGCGUGCCCUUCGCCCAACCUGCCUCCGUACCUGCCGCCUCUGCUGGUGCUGUUGCUGCCGUUGCUGCUGGCGCUGUUGCUGAGCCUGUGGGCCAGCAGGCUCGGAAGCUACACGUGUUCCGAAGGUCAGGCUCGGAGCCCAGUCGUUAUGGCAUGGGAAAGAAGGACAUUUCUAUCAAACUCGAGAAUCUACUGGAUGAUGCAAGUGAGAGUGAUGGUGGGGGUGGGGGAUGGGAGAGAAGAGGUGAAGAAGGGCGGCAAGAGUGUGAUGAUGCCGAACAGCAGCUGCAGCUGCAGCAGCAGCAGCAGCAGCAGGCGCAGAAGCGGGGAGGAUUGGCGCGCAUGAAUGACCGGUGGCAGCAGCAGCGCCAGCAGCAGGAGGGAAAACGGCCGCAGCAGCAGGGGAAGCAGCCGCAGCAGGAGGGGAGAAAGUUGACCAGGCAUUGGCGAUCGUCCACAUCCUGUGCUCUUGAGAUCCCCACAGGAUCGUUACUAGACUCCCCUUCCCCCUUGCAACGCUCUUCCUCUUCCGUCCUCCACCAUCCCCUCACCCCCUCCCCCUUGACUCGCUCCGCGUCUGCUUUCCUGCGCCAACCCCUCACGCCCUCCCUCUUGCCGCCUCUCACUCCUCGCCAACCCCGGCAUGCCCUCUCGCCCUCUCCCUCCUCCUCCCACAAACAGGCGGCCUCAAGAUCUCUCUUUUGCGAUCUUGAUGAGUCGGAUCAAGUGGUGGGACAAGAGGAGUGCAAAGCGGUGGAUCGAACGCCCAAGGCCAGCCAAGGAGCCGAGCAGAAAGGCAGUCACGGUCGAUCACGCAGCAGCAUCGGUUUCAGCUUCAGUGAAACCAACACCAACGUUGGUUCUUGCGGUAGCGGGAAUUCCAAUGCAAUGCGCAGCAGCAGCGGCAGCAGCAGCAGCAGCAGCGUCAGCAUCACCAACAGCAGCUGGCAGUUGGGUUGUUCGGCUACUCUUCACGUCCUCAUCCCGCCUCCCCUCUUGGACGCCCCAUCCUCAACACCUCCCCAAGCAAUUUCCUCUUCUCCUGAUUCCGCUUUCCCUCCCUUAAAACCUCCCCCUAGUAUGGCUUCUCCCGUGCGCUCAUCCCUGCCCUCCCCCGGACCCUCUCUCAUGCCCACUGGGAAAGGAGGGAGGUACGACUUCCGCCGGUCAAUGUCUGCUCACACCGAACGGGAGUCCCAAAAACCACCUGGGAAGGAUGGGAGCUCUGACGCGAAUUCGCUGGCUGUUACCCCAGCAGAGAGGGCCGGGAAGCUGGAAAGUUGUGGGGCGUCCAGGGAAUUUGGCAAUAAAAGCGCCUCUACCGCUGGGAGAGGGGGGAGGUACGACUUCUGCCGGUCAAUGUCUGCUCAGACUGAACGGGAGUCCCAAAAACCACAUGCCAGGGCUGGGAAGCUGGAAAGGCCUGGAAAAUCGGGGGAGGUUGGUGUGGGUCUGCUGCCAGAUACUCCAAAAGAUCGUGCUGGACUGGCCAAGUCGCCCAAGCCAGGAACUGCAAAGGGACGCAGCGGGCUGCCGAAAACGCCAAGAACUCCCAACACGGCCAAAACACCCAGCACUUCCAGCGCUCCAAGAACGCUGAGAACGGCCGAAGACGACAGCUGCUCUCGCAAGUCGCCAACAGCAAGGAACGGGCUGUUUAACGCCUCCCAGGCAGGCAAUGAGGUGCCCAAAACCCUUCCUAGGGCACGAACUGAGCUAGGGCUCAUGACCCCAAGGGUGCAAAGGGAGCUGUUCAAGAGUCCCAAUGCUGCCAUUGGUGGCGCUCCUGGCGCUAACACUGCUGCUGAUGGCGCUGGUGGUGGCGAUUCUGCGCCCAAAACCCUUCCCAGGGCACGAACUGAGCUAGGGCUCAUGACCCCAAGGGUUCCAAAGGAGGUGUUGAGGAGUCCCAAUGCUGCUGUUGGUGGCGCUCCUGGCGCUGCUUCUGCUGCUGGUGGCGCUGGUGGUGUUGGCGGUGGUGGUUCUGCUGCUGCUACUGCUGGUGCUGCGGCUGUUGGUGUUACUGCUGUAAGCCCUUGGGACGCAACAAAUGAAGCACUUACCAGCAGCGGUGCUGACCGCAGCAGCGUGUCACCCAAGCAGAUAGCGGGUGAUGGUGCUGGUGGCGGUGGUGGCGGUGGUGGCGGUGGCGGUGGUGAGAAGAGCGGCAGCAAGAGCAGGAUGCUGAAAGCAGUGCUGAAGCUGUUCGGGAAGACCCGGGGGAAAGGGCAGAGCCAGAGCCAGGGCGAGAACAAGAACAGCGCGCAGGGAGCACCUGCAGAUGCUCCAGCUAGCCAGAUCACCCCUUCACCGAAUUCCCGUUCCCGUAAAGGGCUGGAUUCUGCUGGGUCUGCUUUUGGAAGCUCGUUUUGCUCUCUGGCUGCUGCUGCUGUUGUUGAUGCUGCUGGUGGUGCUGCUUCUGGUGCUGGUGCUGGUGAUGAUGCUGUAUCUGUUGUUGACCCUGACGACCCUCACGCUGAUGCAGGAGAGACACUUUUCGAUCUUCCUUACUCAUCCAACGGCCACCACCAUGACGAGUUUUACGCUGACUUCACUAUGCCUCUUUCCGAAAGCUCCACAUCCCCUUCCGACAACGCUGACAGCAGCGCUGACGUGCUGGGCCGUUUCAAGCGUGCUCUCUCUGACAACACCGAGCGACCCCCGCCUCUUUUUGAGGACACCCUUUAUCCGGGCAGCAGUACAAGCCUUCCUGACAGCAGCACUGAUGUGUUGGCUCGCUUCAAGCGUGCCCUUUCUGACAACACUGAGCGGCCCCGGCACGAUUCACCACAGCACAGCCCAUACGCUGCUGCCACUGCUGCCCUGUCCUGUGCAGCCUCCACUCAGCAUUCAACGCACACUGCCUCUCCACCCCCAAACUCAGAUGUGUAUGGUAUCCCCGUGCAUACUACUCCCGUCUACCCUGCUCCAUUGCGUCGGCCAGUGGAGGCGGGGGAGGAGGAAGAGGAACGUCGGGGCUUUCUCCCACAUCUGUUCGAUCGCACAGGAGGAGCCGGUCACUCACAAUGCUGCAGCGAGCGUACGGAUCGCCCAAAGUCGCCGCACAAGUCGCCGCAGCAUCAGCAGGAGGUGACUUCAUCUGGCACUCAGCCUUCCCGGCCUGAGGCGGGCAGCGGCUCCUCUGCUCUCAUGCGAAGGCAACGAGCAAAAGCUGCUGCCUUGGAAUCAACUGAGAGCUGCAAGCAACCACCAGCUGCUGCUGACUCGGGUGAUGCUGCUAGUGGUGCUGCUGUUGGUGAUGAUUCAAGUAGCGAUGCUUGGAAAGAGCAGUUGCUGCUGCAGCAGCAGGGACUGGAGCAGCAGCAGGAAGAGGUGGGCGAAGAGCCGCUGCUGCAGCUGAAGCUGCCUCUGAAGCUGCAAGCAGUGGAAGCGCAGGGGCUGAAAGAGAGGCUGCAGAAAGAGGAAGAAGGAGAGGGGGUGUUGCACGGGGGUUAUGAGGCGGUGAGAGCCACAGCAGCAGCACAGCUGGCGCCCCUCAUUUGCCUCACCCCGCCCUGCCCUUCCCCAGUUGACGCCUCUCCUUCCCCAGUUGACGCCUCUCCUUCCCCAGUUGAUGCCUCCCAUUCACCCACUAAUGCCUCCCCUUCACCAGUUAAUGCCUCCCCUUUCUCAGCUGAUGCCUCUCCUUCCCCAGUUACCACCUCCUACAACUUCUCAUCUGCUUUUGAGUCGACUCAAAAGGAGGCAGAGGAGGGAUGUGCUCCGAAGCACCAUACGACAGCGGCACGAGACAACACGGCACAAGAAGACAACCCAAUUUCAUGGAUGGAAUUGAGCUACAACUUCUCCACUCAUCCCGGUGACUCACAGCACUCUGAAAUCGUACGUUCUUAUAUCGAGGAGCUUGUUGCCGGUGGUGGUUCUGACAGGGAGGAGGAGGAUGGCGGUGCGGUGUGUGCUUAUAACGAAGCCUUGGCUGAGUGUGUGUAUGGGGAUGAUCCCUUGUCGACUUCUCUAAGGGAGAGCACUUCCAGUGGGGAAGAAGGGGGCAUUGGGAACGGCUGUAGCAGGGGAGCACACAUGAGCAGCAGUGUGGACAGGAUCCGGGGUGGACUCGACGGGCUGCUGCUGCUGCUGCUGCUGCAGCAGAGAGACUUGAUGGGCCUCUUUCUCCCCGGCCUGCCCCACUGGACCAAGCGAUCGCUCCCUCGCUCGCUGCGCAUCUCCCGCUCGCUGCUCUCCUUUCAAGAGAGCGCCCUGCUGGAGUACCGCCUGGAGUCCGCCCUCCUGCAGGGCAUGGCUGGCAGAAACGAGAGGGGAAUGGAUGGGGAAAACGAGCUUUGGAGUGAGAGCAAUGGAGAGAGGAGCAGCAAGGGCAUUGACGAGGAGCGAAACAAGAGGCCACUGAGGAGGUGUGAGAGGGCAAACAGCGACGGAGGCGUGGGCGCCCUGCUGUCAGCAGCAGCAGCAGCAGUAGCAGCGCCAGUGUCCCCAGGAGAAUCCAUCCGGGCGGCAGUGGCCGUCUAUUCUGCCUCGAGAGAGUUCUGGCGGCCCCCCUCCACCCCCAAGCCUGUGAUGGACGGUAGAGCAAAGCAAGCCAAGCUGAGCCUGCCAAUGUAUUCCCCUCCUGUGCCUCCCAUUGGCCUGGAGAAACUAAUGGAGGGCGCAGCAGUGGGUGGGACUGGUGGGUUUGCUGGCUUUGCUGGGUUUGGUGCAGGAGGUGGGUGGGGGCUGGGUGCAGGCUGGUGGGGUGCGGUAGAGGGAGCGGGGGAGGAGAGGAAGGAGGGGGCGGGAGAGGCGGGUUGGCUGGGGUUUGAAGGGUUGGUGGACGUGGCAAAGGGGAUGAUGUGGGGGCGAGGGGGGGAUGGAUGUGGGGAGGAGGCGAAGUUGGAGAAUGAAGGGAGUUUGGGUACAGAUGUAGCGAAGGAGAGAGAGGCAGUGGAGAGAGAAGAUAAGGGGUUGACUAAAGAAGAGGAGGGGAAAUGUUUUGGGAAAGGCAGUGAGGAGGGUGAUGCUGCGGGAACUGCAGGAGAGGGAGGAGCGAAGGGAGGCGGGUGUUGCACUGAUUGGUACUUUAUUCGGCACAAUAGCUGA